AUGGAUGAGAAUUUUCCGGAAGUAGUGGAGCUGGGGGAAAAACAAACCUCGCCAUCUGCUCCAGGUCCAGGCAACAUGGCUGCGCUGAAAAGAAAGUAUACCAUAGAGGAGAAACGGCAGAUCCUUGAGCUGUACGACCAGCUUCCUCGGAUGAGCCAGAGAAAAGCUGCGAAACGACUGAACAUCACUCCGUCCACGCUUUGGACGAUCAUCCAUAACAGGGCUGGUAUAGUAAAAGGCGAGAUCAUUAAACGGGAGAGGAAGAAGUAUUUUCACUACGGUAGGUCUCCGCGCCUUGAGGCGAAUAUCUGGAAAUGGAUCGACCAGGCCAAGUUAAACGGAACGCCUGUGACCGAUCUGAUGAUUCACCGUAAAUCCAUGGAGAUCGCGGCGCGGAUGGGGAUCCUCAGCUUCAGGCCGAGCCCCAGGUGGUACAGCGGCUUUAAGAAGCGGGAGCCGGUUGUCCGAGAGAGGUAUCACAUCUACCCCGAAUCCGUCCUGGAUCACACCGCACCCUGCUCCUCUCCUCCACCCGAUGAUCCUCGGGAGACCAGUGACCAUCAAACCCCAAAAGAAUGUGUUCCAGUUAGCGACUCAGAACAGGAGGAAGAAGAAGAGAAGAUGAAGAGCAGUUCCACGGUUACUGUCGGCAUGAAGACAAUCACUGUCCCCUCUGUGCACCAAAUGCAGGAGGCUAUGAAAACUCUGGCCACAGGCUUGUUAUAUCGAGGCUUUUGUGAUUUUAAACUCCUCCAUGAAUUUGAGAAAGAAGUUAACCUCAUUGUGAAGAGAUCAGUGACCCAGGGCAGCCAGGAGAGCUUUAUAGCCUGAGUCCAUUGACAUGUUGUCCCAUCCGCCCAUGUUGUCCCCUGUCUGGUCUUUACACAUUAUAGAGUGCACUGUUUAUAAUCUAUGCCUUCCAUGGUGCAUUAUUUGGACACUAUCCUGUCGAAGUGCACUGUGGGAUUACACAGACACACUGGAUACCACACUGGUUUUUGGACAAAAUGGAAAGACUCGCUGCAUUAACGGUUAUCAAGGAGUGGGUUUGGAAAAAGACAUGUUGGACUCGACUUACAGGGUCGGCACCACUGGCUUUAGUUCGGAGAUUGGGCAAAAAAAAUCCGUUAGCUGCUUCAACUGUUGUCACAAAGCUGGUUCAUUUAAUGGCUUAUGUUCGAAACAUCACACUUUCCAGGCACACCCACCAAAAAGCCUACAUUUACUGGAUUUCUUUCUUUCUGUCUUCUGGACUGCAUUCCAUAAACAAGAUCCAACACUACAGUUAUAAAGCUCCACACUGUCAUCUUAUUAUGUUUAACAGUCUAUUUAGACACACUUGUCCAUCCAUAAUACGAUAUAUAUCGAAAUCUUGACUUAUCGUAGACGUAUUGAAGUUUUCAUGCUUGAUCCAAUUAAUCCACUAAAUACAGUAGCAACCCUUCCUUGUUUGUUGGUUGUGCUGGAGAAGACACAGAGUUGGCAUCCUGUACUGUAGGUCACCUUGUAUAUAAUUGAUCAGAGUCAUUAUUUUUAUAAUUCAACCUUUUAAUGAGAUCAUUUCUUGAGCUCCAGUUUCCACUAACUGUGUUUUAGAAACGGUUUAUUUGUUUUUAAUGGACUGAUGCUUCCACCGUCAUCAGUUCAGUAACAGUUUGCUGUUCCUUUUUUAAAGUCAUGCUUUUGACUAAAUACUUUAUACUUUGCCAAAGUUCUUGUUUUUUUUUCUGUACAGAAAUAUAGAAAUGUUUUUGCUAAAAUAGCAGAUGAGAUGUUUUUUUUAAUUGAGAGUUGUCAUAUGUGGCCACACGAGGGCGCUGCUUUUUAUGUAUUGUUCUUCCCUCACUUCUAUGGAAAAUGACAUAAAAAUGCUAAUGAACUGUG